AUGCUGCAUAACCAGAAGGCGCUCGAGGACGACGACGACGAAGAUGAUAAUCAUGCUGAAGAAGAAGAUGACGAUGGUGGUGGUGAUGGUGAGGAUGAUGAAGACGACGACGACGGCGGCGGCGGCGGUGAUGAUGAUGUUGAUGAUGACGAAGACGACGACGAUGAUGACGCCGAAAUUCCUGAGGUCAUCGGGUAAUUAUGCAAGGAUGAGGUGUGUUUUUAUGGACUGACACCAUUCUACUUAUCUUCAAGGAAUGAGAUAAGCAACGUGCGAAGGCUACCGCAGCAUAAGCCUCAUGACGCUGCUGCCAAGGUCUACGCUGUUAUCCUUUUCAGGCGAAUCCACGCUGUGCGUGACUCUAUGGCGAAGUUCAAACAAGCUGGAUUUGGGGGGAGGGGGGGUGGAUGAGCGAACCGGAUAUUUAGGUGGAGACACAUUUUGGAAUUCCACUAUAGCUACCAGUAACUGAAAGCUGUCCGUAUUGUUGACUUCGUCGUUGCGUCGAAUUCUAUCCAUCGUGAGUCCCUGUGCUUGUGUCCCGACCACAAUCAUCGCCAUGAUCAAAGCGUACUGUUUUCGCAGCACUGCAUGACUUCUUUCAGUUAUUUUUGCGUUUAUUUGGUAAGGAUAACAAACAAUUCCCUUGAAAACCCUACAGAUUACAUGUCAUUUCGUUAAAUGCAACUGCACACGAGCAAUGAAAAUAAUCGCUAUUAAGGCAGUAAUUUAUUCAUUUGAGUAGCACUUUUUCAAGGAAACAUUCCCGGUGAUCGCGGAAUAUUUAGCUCACGUUCAGACUGUCAAGGAUAACAGAGGACACGAAUACCCAUCCAAACGUUUCUUGAAGAGUUGCAGGGACGUUGUCUCCUCGACUGAUUAAGGGAGAUCGUCCCAUAUCUCCACUGCCCUCUGCGUGAAAAAUUCAGAACGAAGAUUCAGCCUGGACAUGUUUGUCCGUAGACUCCUCGAGUGACCACGAACAUUCGAAGAAAGGUGCCACUGAAACAUAUCCUCCAAGGUAAGUCCAUGCUCAAUGCCAUGCAUUAUCUUGUAAACCAGCAUAAGGUCACCCCUUUGUUGCCUGUAACACAGAGGGAAUAAUUUAAGGCAAUUCAGUCCUUCUAUGUAGGAUUGGAUUUUUAAACCGUUCACCAGCUUUGUUGCACGACGUUGUGCUCUUUCGAGACAUGUUUAGUCCUUUGCUAGCCAUGGCCGCCACGCGUAUAUGCCAUAUUCUAAAUGGGGCGAAUCACUGGUGCCGUAAACGCUUCCGAAAACUCUUUUUUCAAAGGCUACGAACGGCCUCUUGAUUGCAUGGAGCACUUCCAUGACGCAUUUUGCAACCAUGUUGCACUGCAGUGUCGAUUUCAUGUCACUUUGUAUCCAAACACUGAGAUCCUUUUGUGAAUAUUCUGCGGGAAGUGUAAUGUCUUUCAGGUGAUAUGCCUCAGGCUCUCAUUUGAAUGAGAGCUGGUUGGACACAGAUGACGGAUGGCACACUUCAAGACAUUGAAAUCCAGAAGCCAUUUCUCCGACCACGCUUGCAGUCGAUGCAGAUCGUUUUGGAGGAUUCUCUUGUCGUAAGGACUCUUAAUGGUUAGCCAGAGCUAAACUUCCUUUGCAAACAUUAUUUUGCCGCAGUCGAGUUCCUAAACGCUGUCAUUAACAUAAAGGAUGAUGUGCAAUGAUCCCAGAACUGAACCUUGAGGCACACCACUGGUCACGUUCACCCAUUCUGACAUAUCAUCUCCGAUACAGACACGCUGCUUCCAACUAAAGAGGAACGCCCUUAUCCAGUUCAGAAGAUCUGCCUGGAUGCCGAUGGCGCUCAAUUGGUGAAAAAGGCGUUGGUGCGAAACAGAGUCGAAAGCUUUGCGGAAAUCGAUGUACACGACAUCGACCUCAAAACCUUCUUCUAAAGCCCAAGUCCAGAUCUUCAGACAAGUAUGCAGAUUUAAGAGGAGGAACGUCCUCCCCGGAAGCCAUGUUGAAAAUUCUGCAAUAUAUUAUUUUCUUCACAAAAUUCCUGUAUAGCGCUCUUUACUAGAGCUUCCAUCGUUUUGUAUGACGGGCAAGUUAAGCUUAUAGACAUGAAGCUGCUUGCUGCCAUUCUGCUACCUCCCUUCGGUAAGGGAACGAGGUUAGCUGUCUUCCACUGUGAUGGCAGCUUUCCUGUUCUCAUCGACAGCUCAAAGAGGGUUGAGAGAGGCUCUUCCGGCUCCGUUGGUGCUCCUUGGGACUCAGCCCGGGGAUUCCGUCGGGUCCAGAAGACUUAUCUGAUUGGAUUUCACUGAGACACGUCUUAUUUCUUCUACAGAAAGGGUGAGGGUCUCAGUAACGACAGUAUCUUGGCCCAUUUCAAACUGCUGAUUGUCCUCUGAGGACUCAUCCGUAAAAACCGAUUGAAAAAGCGGAGACAGUAAUUGCACUUUCUGUGGCCCUUCAACUAAUAAGUUUCCGAUGCUAUCCUUAAGUCACGCAAUUUCGUUCCCACGUUAUGCGUUAGUGCAUUGUUUAAAGCAGGCAUAUACAGCAGAAUUUAUUGGACCCAGUGAAGUUCUCUUUGUACCGAUACAACGAUAGCGAAAUUUGGUUUACAAUCUAUUUCAAAGGACAAGAAACAUUCGCCCUUUUGAAACGGUGGAUGAUGAAAUUUCUUGCCUUUAAAGAGCCCUGCUCAAACGAGGAUAUACAACACGAUUGAUCGAAAAGUACAGCAAAAGUUUACGGCCGAAAUUGACGGAGCAGUCAGUUACGAAAUAGUCCGUUGUAAUAUCCUUACCAUUUAAGGGCGACAACAUCUGAAAUACCAUCAAGCGUCCAUUGAGAUGCGCCUUUGAAAGAACAUAAAACUUAGCUGAACUUGUGGCGGCCAGCCAGCAUGACCGGUCUGGCGUCAUUGUUUAAGACCUCGCUGCCUCAAGGUCAUUUACUCUUUGCAGCAAGCCGUUCCAGACACGCUGAUCUGGAGUCACACGACCGACAGCUCGGGCAUACCUGCGGCCGCACUUGAAUGCACCUCCCACCUGCAACCACAAUCUGAGACACUGGGACACCACCCCUCGAUGAGUGCAACACACCCUGACUGGACACCACUUGGGCUUGGCCUACAAGCCUACGAAAGCGGCUGCUAUCUCUUCCCCCGCGACUCUCAGGCAUGACUGGACGAAUUCAACACCAGCCCUGGCUUCGCCGGUGGCCACUGUCGCCUGAGUGGACAACUCCGGGUUCUUCGCCCAAUAAACCCCUCAUUCUGGUGCCUUCUGUCUUCUCCUUCCAAAACGAGGAUUUGGCCUAUCGAUAGUAGCGCUCUGAGUACAGAAGACGCAAUCGCACUGCAUAACCACUACAAAAUCAUAUUCUGCGGCCCUACUAAGGCUAUCUAAGGCCCACAAGCGAAGGAUGCCUUGCCAUUGCACGUCACGUCAAACUGUGUUUGCGAAUUAACAGGCACUUGUGGACGCAAGUACAUUGGGCGAACGCAAAGGCAACUGGCAGCCAGGGCAGUUGAGCACCUGUCUAAAUGGCUUCUAAAGCAGGAUAAUGGGAUUCCACGGUCUUUUAUACAAAAAACCUCCUUGACAGCGGUCCUUCGGUUGACCCCAAGAUAUCUUUUAAAGUAUUAGUUUGAGCACGAACAACUCGUUCACUGCGCUACCUGAAGGCAGCCUACAUACGGCGGGAGAAACCCCAUCGAUGUAAACAGUUAGACCACGUGGUCAACCUCGACUUGCCCUAAUAAAUAUGAGCCCUUUUGAUUUACGAAAUCCCUCGGCGUGGUAACUUCCUUACUUUAUUUCCUCAGUUGCGUUUUUAAGUUAUCAUUUCUGGAUUAGUCUCCGUGUAGUAUACGAUGACCUUGCUGUUUAACAUUGAUUUUCUCUCUGGAAGUUCAAAUAUCUGUAUCAUUCUCACUUGUUAUCUUUGUUAUGCAACGACAGGCUGCAGUUGGUAAGCCGUCGAGAAAUUUGCUGUUUCCAAUAAAUUCUGUUGAAUAUGCCUGCUUUAAAUUCAUUCCGGUUAAAUAUUGCUUCAUGUUAGUCCAAUAUCUCAACGUUCUUAAAUACUAUAAGAGCGGCUAUUAGUUGGGAAUUUCGGCUUUUAUUUUUCGUGACAUACUAGUGUGUAAUCCACAGUAAAAAUUAAAAGAUAUUUUUGGAAUCCUUAGUUUCUAGACAAAUGCUGUAACUGGAGCUCAGUCCUACUAACUGACUUAUAGUUUACUUUUAAUAAGCGCGAAUUUUGUGAAAUUGCAGAAUUAACCAAUCGCAUCUUUGUUCACGCCUUCUCCCACCCCUUUUAUUUUGUGAUGUCGAAUAUCAGUCUCCAGUUUUAUCUCAAAGAGGUUCGCCACAACAAAUUUAUAAAUUCGCAAAAUAGGUUUCCCGAUUUAUAAGUUCAUGUAA